GUGCCAAAAGUAGGCAAGUAACUCCCUCUCUCUCUCUCUCUCAUCGGCAUAUUGCCUAAAAAGCAACCCAAAACCCAGAGAGAUGCACGCGCCUUAGAACGAUUAUAUGGCAAAAUUUCAUGCAUGAAAGUCCCCAUGUACCGACCACUUCGACCCAAAAAACUGAUCCCCCCACCCACAUAUCACUCAACACACACCCAACCUCCAUCUCUCCCUCUCUAUCUCUCUCUCUCUCUCUCUCUCCCAUCCCAUGCUGCCCACCUUUUUCCAUUUUCCAUCUGUUUCAAUCCAAGCUAGCUACCUCCAUUUCGAUCAAAACCAAAACUUUCCCAACAAAAUCUGAACCACUCACAAAACCCAACUUGAAAUUAUGAUCAGCUCCGAUAACCAGUCUUUAGUUCACAGAACCCACACAACCCAAUCUCAUCAGCAAGAUGAACAACCCGACCAAUCAUCACAACCCACCAUUGAUUUUGAUCCUCAAAGCAAUUGCAGGCCUCCCCAUACAAACCCAAUUCGCUAUUUGCUUCGCGAGCAGCGCCUCCUCUUCGUCCUCAUUGGCAUCGCCAUAGCCACCCUCUUCUUCAGCAGCUUCCCCUUAUCAAACCCGGAACUGGCGACGACAAACGACCCGCGUUUCGAAUCCGAGUCGGGUCUCGACCUCCCCGCCAACCCGACCCGGCGGGUGCUCUACGAGGCCCGGGGUGUUGGGUUUGGGUCUGUGAUGAGCGCGGGCGGGAAGGUGCCGCUAGGUCUGAAGAAGAAGAACCAGAGGAUUGUGGUGACCGGUGGGGCCGGGUUCGUGGGGAGCCACCUCGUGGACCGUCUGAUCGCUAGAGGGGACAGCGUGAUCGUACUGGAUAAUUUCUUCACGGGGAGGAAAGAGAACCUGGUGCACCACUUUGGGAACCCGAAGUUCGAACUCAUUCGACACGACGUCGUUGAGCCGAUUCUGUUGGAGGUUGACCAGAUCUACCACCUCGCUUGCCCUGCCUCUCCUGUUCAUUACAAGUUCAAUCCGGUCAAGACCAUCAAGACCAAUGUGGUGGGCACAUUGAACAUGCUGGGACUGGCAAAAAGAGUGGGUGCACGCUUCUUGCUCACAAGCACCAGUGAGGUGUAUGGUGACCCCUUGCAGCACCCUCAGGUUGAGUCCUACUGGGGCAAUGUCAACCCCAUCGGUGUAAGGAGCUGUUACGAUGAGGGAAAACGCACAGCAGAGACUCUCACCAUGGAUUACCAUAGAGGCCUUGGCAUUGAGGUGAGAAUUGCUCGGAUUUUCAAUACUUAUGGACCACGUAUGUGCAUCGAUGAUGGUCGUGUUGUUAGCAAUUUCGUAGCUCAGGCACUAAGGAAGGAGCCAUUGACAGUUUACGGUGAUGGCAAGCAAACCAGAAGUUUCCAAUACGUUUCUGACUUGGUUGAGGGUCUAAUGCGGCUGAUGGAAGGAAAUCAUGUGGGCCCCUUCAAUCUUGGCAACCCUGGUGAAUUCACCAUGCUAGAACUUGCUCAGGUUGUACAAGACACUAUAGAUCCGAAUGCAAAGAUAGAGUUCAGGCCCAACACAGAAGACGACCCACAUAAAAGGAAGCCAGACAUUUCAAAGGCUAAGGAGCUUCUCGGGUGGGAGCCUAAUGUGUCCCUCCGCAAGGGCCUUCCUCUUAUGGUCGCCGACUUUAGACACCGUAUAUUUGGUGACCCAAAAGACAAUGGAGGAGGCUCUACAACCUUCGCUUGAUUUUCACGUACUGUUGAUGAGGAGAAGUAGGAAAAAAUAAGAAGAAAGAGAAAUAGAUGAGAAAAAUAAAGUUAGAAUAAAAAUUGAAAUUCUGAUUGUUAGCUUUAUAUCUGUGAUGUUUCUUGGUUACUCCUUAUAGGAAUAAAAUUUGGCAUGUGGGAUUUGCCAAUGGAAGAUUAUUCUCAGAAUAUUAUAGU